AUGACCGUUUCGUAUUCUGGUAAUUUCAUGCGCCUGUUGCUGAGAUGGAAAGGCUCCAUAUGGAGAUCAGUUUGGAUUGAACUGGUUGUAUUUCUGACUUUGUAUUAUGGUAUUAUUGUUUUUUAUUUUUAUGGUAUCCCAACUAUAGACAGCAAUGGGGAAUUAGGAUACAAGAAAAAGUUUCAUGAAGUUUGCCUGGUGUUCAACGAAUAUACUAAGAAUAUACCACUCACGUUUCUCCUGGGCUUCUAUGUGUCAAAUAUUGUCUCCAGGUGGUGGCGACAAUUCGAAUGUCUCAGCUGGCCAGAAGAUUUGCUUACCCGCAACCUGAUCGACGCAGGUUUGCUGAAUGAUCAGGAGUAUGUGAGGUUGGAGAAGAUGGAGGAUCCAGCUCCUGGUGUUCGAUGGAUGGCUCCUCUUCACUGGAUUCAACAAAUAGUUACUGAAGAGGUUGAAGCUGGACGCAUACCAACUCAUUUUCUAGCCGUAUUUAUGAACGAACUCAAACAAUACCGUACAUCGUUUCGCAAAUUAUUCUGCCACGAUUGGGUGUGCGUGCCGUUGGUCUACACACAGGUUGGUCAAGACUUGAUGAGACCAUUUGGCAUGGAUGACGACGACAUCGAGUUAAGCUACAUUCUCGAUCGCAAUCUCGUCAUAUCAUUUGCCAUAGCUGACUGUCUGCAAUCCGAUAAGCCUCGUAAGUUUUCUGCAGUUCUUAUCCCAAAAAAGGAAGUACUUAGCAGGUAGUA